CUGGUAUAUCGAUUCAGCUCAGUUACUGCGGCCGCUUGAGCAAAUUGACUUCCUCAAUGAGAUAAUGGAUGUUUUCGAACCUUGAAACGCCUACAUUAGGUCACAAUUGAUCUAUAACAACAUGAAGUAUAGUAAAUACGCUUUUAUAACUGUGUUUUUAUGUGUCUUCUCCGAGAGUUUUGCCCAGGAUGAAAACAGGGAGGUUGUUAGUAAACAGCAUCCGGAAUUAUCCAAACUAGUAAUUAAUUGGGCAUCAAAACUUGGCGGUGAGCUGUGGCAUUUUGGAGAGCUAGUAACUAGAAAAACAAAAGUUAAAGAUAGUUUCAAAGAUACAACAGUGAUAGUAGAAGAUGGAGAAGCGCUCCUUAGAAGUAUACAUGAAAACAUAUCGAAUAUGAUGAAACAAAAAGUAGAGGCUGUAAAGCGAAUUAUGGAUAUUGCAGAGCAAGCAGCUCAAGCUCAAAAAGAAACCGAUAUAGAUUACAAUUUCGCAUAUUUUACUGUAAAGAAUCUAACGAAUUCUUUGGAAAAUUCGUCUGAGGAGGCUACCAAGCAGCCUGAAGUGGAAGCUCAAGAAGUACGUGAUGAUUCCUUCAUUUCGCCAUCUGGUGGAAAAUAUCAAUCGAUGAUCCAUCCUGAGGAAAUGGGUGAGUUCCAACAAGAUCAGGAACGCGAUCUGAACCUGAGCGAAGACGGUACAUCUAAGGAUGAGGAAUUUGAUCCAGAUUUGGAAACUAGCGAUGAUACCGAGAAAGAUCCCCAGGCCAGCCAAACUCAGCUCAUUGACAAGACAAAGCUGCCACUCUAUAGAAAUAAAAAUUUUUAUAACAUUCCUGUAAAUACCAACUACAGUGCCGUCCAUGUACCAAGUAACGUAUUUGAUAGAUCUAAAGAAGUGAUAUCCGGCAUCAAGUGGUCCGAAGAGCUGGACAAGACCUUCAGAAACAACUACAAACUAGACCCAACCCUCUCCUGGCAAUACUUCGGGAGUUCCACAGGGUUCAUGCGCCAGUUCCCAGCCAUGAUCUGGUCCCAGGAACCAGUUGACCUCUUCGACUGCAGGACGAGGUCCUGGUACAUUGAGGCAGCAGCAUCCCCGAAGGACAUGAUCAUACUUGUGGACAGAUCUGGGUCCAUGACAGGAAUGAGGAGGGAAAUAGCUAGACAUGUGGUGUAUAAUAUUUUGGAUACUCUUGGGAAUAAUGAUUAUGUGAAUAUUUUGACGUUUAGUAAUACUACGGAGCCGCUGGUGGAGUGCUUUGAGAACCAGUUAGUGCAGGCAAGCCUGCAUAACAUAAGGGUCUUCAAAGAGGCUAUGGCUGGCUUUAAAACAGAGCAAAUAGCCAAUUUCUCUUUGGCCCUCAUCUCAGCAUUUGAGAUGCUCCAAACUUACAGGGAAACAAAAGCAGGUGCCAAUUGCAACCAAGCCAUAAUGUUAGUAACAGACGGUGUUCAGUACAACUAUAAGGAAAUAUUCGAAGAGUACAACUGGGGAAACUUGCCGUUUAUGAACGUCAGGGUGUUCACGUAUCUCAUUGGUCGAGAGGUAUCUGACGUCAGAGAAGUAAAAUGGAUGGCAUGCGCCAAUCAAGGAUACUACGUGCAUCUGAGUACCUACGCUGAAGUUCGCGAAGAAGUACUCCACUACGUACCAGUGAUGGCCAGACCGAUGGUACUCAACUCAAACGUGAAACCAAACCCAGCCUGGAGCCAGAUUUACGCUGACGUCACUGAUCCCAAGCUCACCAAUUGGUUGUGGGUGAACAGGGAACGAAACAGACAAAGGGAACGGUUCAUGGGAUACAGCAAGUUGAAGCAUAUGCUGUCAGGAGAGCAGAGUGAUAAGAAGUUCGUGCAUCAACAGACACAGAAACAAGAUACACCUGGUGCUAGUCAAACCUACCAUAUGAUGACCUCAGUCUCACUACCCGUAUAUGAUAAAAAACCACGUCAGGAACGUGUUGCUAAUCUUUUGGGCGUAGCAGGAACGGAUGUUCCUAUUGAGUACAUCCAAAGACUCAUGUUACCAUACAGGCUUGGUGUGAAUGGGUACGCCUUCAUAGUUACUAACAAUGGCUAUAUCCUAGCACAUCCAGACUUCCGCCCAGUAUUUGAAGGCAUUUUGAAGCCAUCGUAUAACAGGGUAGACGUCAUUGAAAUAGAAAUACCCGAGGAUGAGACUGAACCAAGAAAUUUUAGUGAUGCCAUCAAAGAAUUUCGUAGAAAAAUCGUUUUCCAUAACAGGGGGAAUGCCACGUUUAGGAUAAAAUCGCAUUUGGACGACAUGAAACGGAUCAUGGUGCAAACAAAACACUAUUACUACAUGGGCAUAAAUGGCACCCCCUUUAGUUUAGUCAUCUCGUUACCACAUAAAUAUGGCUUCAAUCGAAUUCAGCAUCCUGUUGAAAACGACAUCCACAGGAUGCGAUCUAACGAUAAGAUUAAAGGUUCCUUAGCCCAGUUUUUUACGGGGAACUGGACCAUUCAUCCAGACUGGCAGUACUGCCGGUAUCUGGAUGAUAAAGAAUCCUUUAACACGCCGGAGGAAGAAUUUCUCCAUUUUCUCAAGAAAAUGGAAGGACCCGGGUGGAAAUGGUCAAAAGAAUGUGAUCGAAAAUUGAUCUGUAAAGUGGUAGCUGAUGCCAAGAUCACAUCAUGGUUCAAUCAAAACAUCACUACAACCACCAAGGAGGAAAAUGGAGCGGAACUAGUGAAAAAGAUAGGAAUUGUAGUAGCUUUCCUGGCUACUCACAGUGGCCUUACAAGAUGGCAAGACUUUCCUCAAAAUAUCAACAGCUCAGAACAUGAACCUAAUUUCCACAUGUUACACAACAAAGCCAUAGACGAAAUUUGGUACAGAAGGGCAGUAGAGCAUCACUAUGUAGACCCGAGCAAUUUCGUGUAUGCAGUGCCUCAUGACGUCGGUAACUCAUCUCACACUUUGGUGACCGUCAGCCACGCCAUCUUCAAAGAGGAUGGUGCCAAAAAGGCACCAGCUGCUGUAGUGGGGUACCAGUUUUACCAUAGGGCCUUACAUCAGCUGUUUACCAAGAUUACUAGCAGUUGUGGUGAUAUGCCUUGUAAAAGGACCUGCGAGUCAGAAGAGCUGCACUGCGUGAUUCUGGACGACAACGGUUACGUGAUUAUCAGUGAUAGCCUGCAAGAAACCGGCUACUUCUUUGGAAAAAUUCGAUCAGACGUGAUGCACCAGCUUGUGGAAGAGGGUAUCUACAAGGUCACUACGAUGUUUGAUUACCAGGGGUUGUGUCCUGAGCCUAUUGAUACCUCUAGCCCCGCUACGAAGCUAUUAUCGGUAAGUAUAAUACAAGGCAGUACACAAUUGGACAUUACGACGUGAUUGUGCUGGCGGACAAGCUGAGGGAGAUACCGGCUGAAGACUUCCAGCGCUGCUAUCAAGACUCAGAACAUGUCUCCAUGGGUGUGUAGCUAAUCAAGGGAGCUAGUUUGAAGAGGAUAAUAUUGACGUUUGAACAAAAUAGAAACUUUGGUAGAUAUAAGAUCGGUCUCAUUGCUUUUCUGUCACAUCUCGUUAAUGGGGGAAAAUCAAAAUAGCCUACUGUACACUUGAUGAAAGUAGUAAACUGGGCGAUAGGCAUUGCAAUUCUUUUCGCAAAAUCCGUGUUUCCCCAUUACCUGGAGGUACUGCCAGAAUCGGAGCAUUUUGGCAAUAAUUUUGGGACCCAUGAAGAGUACAAUGCUGAAUUGCACGAUCAAGAACAUUCAGAAGGCGGUGAAGAAGCAGCUUAUGGCGAAAAAGAAUUUAUUGAAAAAUUUGCGAUAAGGAAAACGAAACCAGAGCCUUGCGACCACCAAAUGUACAUGUACUCUCUAGUACACUACUCAGAAAGAAACAUAUCAAAUAGUGGAUAUAAUCGAUCCAUGGUGGAUUGCACAAGGCCUUACAUAGUUCAAAAAGUCACUGGUAGCAACCUGAUACUGGUAGUGGUGAACAACCUGUGUCGAGAAAAUAGUACUAGAGUAGCAGACUCGCCUGAUCCUGUACAGGUGGACUAUAACAUGUCCUUAGCAUGUUACAGGGCAUAUUACAAUGAUUUUCCAAGGAGGCACUACAUGACCUGCAUCAACAGACACAUUAACGAGAGCGAAAUCAAGCUUUGCGGCAAAGCGACCAACAUAUCACCUUCCAGAAUUUUCCAAAUAAUGAUACUCACCUUGAUAUCCUACGUUGUACUCAUCUAAUAGGAAGGCUACAAUACCUUUUUUGCAUCUGUGAUAUAAUAAUUUUAAUUAUUGAAGCCCAUUUAACUAACUAAUGACGGUUUUUGACUAGUCUGUACUUGUUAGUUUUAUAAGAUUUUAUGGUGAAUUUCUUCUUAUCCGAUAUAUUCUAUCUUUAGUUAUUUGUCGUUUAUAUGUUUAAUA